AUGUCCUGACACCCAUGCGGUAUCUGGAUGAACAGGUCGCUGUAUCCAGAGCUCUCAAUGGCAUUGGCCUAGCCCUGGUCGCCCCGGCAAUCCAGUCCCUAGUAGCUGACUCAACAGACGAUACUAACCGUGGCACUGCAUUUGGAUGGUUACAGCUCACAGGCAACCUCGGCUCGAUCAUAGGUGGGCUGUGCUCUGUGUUAAUAGCUCCCAUAACCUUCAUGGGCAUCCCUGGUUGGAGAGUUUCCUUCCAUCUCGUCGGGUUGAUCAGUGUCAUUGUCGGUGUACUUGUCCGUGUUUAUGCUGAUGACCCGCACUUUGGGAAAGACAGGGUUGAGGUUAAUCAGAGAGUUCCCUGCAAGUCUUUGUGGUCGGAAAUUAAGGAUUUGGGUCGGGAAGUUGAGGCUGUCGUGAAAGUUCGGUCCUUUCAGAUCAUUGUGGCUCAGGGAGUGACCGGUUCGUUUCCUUGGUCGGCUCUGUCAUUUGCUCCCAUGUGGCUGGAGCUCAUAGGGUUCUCUCAUGGGAAAACUGCCUUCUUGAUGGGUCUUUUCGUGGCUGCAUCUUCUCUCGGAGGCUUACUCGGAGGGAAAAUGGGGGAUCUCCUUUCGACCCGUCUUCCCAACUCUGGCAGAAUCAUCCUGGCUCAGAUCAGUUCCGCCUCAGCCAUCCCGCUCGCUGCCAUACUCUUAUUGUUCUUACCAUAUGAUCCUUCCACUGUUGUGAUCCAUGGUUUGGUCUUAGUCGUGUUAGGUCUGUUUGUUUCUUGGAAUGCUCCCGCCACCAACAACCCCAUCUUUGCAGAGAUCGUUCCAGAGAAGUCACGGACAAGUGUCUAUGCUUUGGACAGAUCAUUUGAGUCGGUUCUGUCAUCGUUUGCUCCUCCUAUUGUCGGAAUUCUGGCACAGCAUGUUUAUGGAUAUAAGCCGAUCCUGCAAGGGUCAACAAGAUCAGAGGAGAUAAACGCAGAUAGAGAGAACGCAGCUUCCCUGGCAAAAGCUCUGUAUACAUCUAUAGGAAUCCCAAUGGCGGCCUGCUGCUUCAUCUACUCCUUUCUCUACUGCACAUAUCCUAUCGACAGGCAACGGGCUCAGAUGGAAGCCUUGAUCGAGUCAGAGAUGCAUGAACUGCUUCCGGAAAGUUCUGCAGGAGAGCCAUCCGUUAAGGAGGCAAGUGUGACCGAAAUGGAGUAUGAGGGAUGUUGAAGAUGAGAUGGGUCCCGAUCAGGACAAAGAGAAACCGUUGAUUUAUGCAGCUGAGGUUUGGAAACGUAGGUAGAUAGUUCAUAGCAAAAAGAACAGGAAACUUCACUCAAACAGUAUUGGUACAGGAAAUGUACACACGCUGUACAAUGAGAUUAUUGUAUACAGUGUCAAGGAAAGAUAUUUUGUUUUCCUCUACA